AUGACACUCCCAUUCGUCAACGCGAUCACCCACUUCCCCCAUCUUAUCCUCGUCUUCAAAGAGACAAACUACUUCCCCGACGUUGGACUCGGCGCUCAGAUCGAGGCAACUGUCUUGACUAGUGCUGGGGCCAUGUGGGGUCUAGGGUACGGCAACUCUAUGCUUGCUUUUUCCCGCUUCCUCGCACGAAAGUACGGCGAGGAUUGUGUUUCCAGUCGCGCUGUCAUUGCCAUCGGCGUCUGCCUCCAUGCAUUCACUGGUGCAUACAUGAUCUCCAGGUUCCCACGUCUGAUGCGCGCAUCCACUACAUCGAUCUACCUUGGCGUCUGGGUCCUCCUCGUCAAGAUCGGUACAGGCAAGAUGUCCGUCGAAUCCUUCACCGAGCCCGGUUUCUGCUUCGCUACCGCUGCCUUCCUCUCAUUCCUCUGCGCCCUCCCCCUGCUACUCAAUAACCGCUCCCCCCUCGCCCAAAACGUCAUCGAGGCCUACGGCACGGUGCACAAUCUCCUCAAGUCCGCGACCACGCAGAUGCUUGAUCGUACGGACUUUGAGAGCAAGCCUUCAGACCUCGACGACCUCGCUUCACAGCUCUUCAAGCAGUCCCAAGCACUUCCUGCCAAUUUCCUGCAAGCGACCUUCGAGCUCCGCUGGGGCCGUCUCCCCGCCGAUCCACUCAAAGAUCUCAUCGCCUCCGUCGAGCGCCUGCGUGCUCAGCUUUCUCUCGGUCUGCCAGCAAUCAAGAACUCUUCCCUGGAGCACCUCGAUGCCAGCCACCUCCUCUUCCUGGACACAGUUGAGACUGGUACUCAGGCGCUCGGGAAGGAGCUGGAGGCUGCACUUGCUCUCUGCAUGGAGAGCGUUCGUGUGUCGUAUGACCUGCCAGAGGACUCCGUGAUCCCCAUCCCCAUGAGUGAGAAGAUGCGCACAGGGGGCGCUCGUGUGCCCCUCCAACCCGAACACUGCCUCACCGUACGCACCGCCAUCGACACUGCCUCGAAGAACCUUAGGACCGACAUCCGCGCUGCUCUCAACAAGCUCCUUGCCGAUCACGAUGUUGCCGGGGUAGACGAGAGCGUCGAGGAGACCAUGGAGCGUGUCUUCCAUCGGGAGAUGUUCGGUAUCUGCUUGUUCCUUGCCUCCCUGCUCGAGGUUUCCCAGGAAUGCUGGAAGGCACUUAAGCAGGCCGAGGACCUGCUCAAGGCGUACAAUGCCGCCGGGAGGAAGAGGCUUCUGAAGCCGCAUCUGAGCUGGGCGUGGCUCGGAAUCAGCGAGAAGAGCGCGUCGCUCGAGAACGCAUCUGCGGACCACCGCACCGAUGAUAACACCGACAAGGAAAAGGUGGAAUCCCAGGAAGAGAUUGAGCGUGCCCAGGCGGAGCUCCUUGAGGGGGGUGCUCCACCCCCCUACGCCCCUACUGCCGCACCCUUCAGCGAUGUUGUCGUCCGCCGCAAGCCCGGUUCCACGGAGGACGCCGUCCCUGCGCAGCGCUUUUCGAUAGUCAACAAGAUCUUCAUGAGUAUCUCACGCAAGACAUUCAAGCCCCGUAUGAAGCUGGCGGGCUUUAUCCGUAGUAUCAGGAAUUCUCGGCAUGUCAAGUACGCUAUCCGUGCAGCCAUCGGUGCUCUCAUCCUCUCGAUUCCCGCUGUGCUCCCCAAGAACAGCCCACUGAGGAAGAACUUCGAAAAAGGCAACCAGCAGUGGCAGGUCAUCGGUUUCAUCAUGGGUUUGGAUAUGGACAUUGGGUCCAUUAUUCGCAAGAACAUGUUCCGUGUCAUGGGAACGCUUGUCGGUUGUGCGUACGCCUACUUGUGCUGGAUCAUAUGCAGGCACAAUGCCGCAGCCAAGGUUGCCAUGGUCACUGCGUUCCAAAUCCCCGCAUCGUGGGUGUUUCUCCGCUCGAGCAUUCCAAGCUGUGCCAUCACUGCCGUGGUCACCAUCCCUACGAUUGUCUUCGCCCCAUGGAAGGAGGACUCCAACAUCUGGACAAUGGGCGCAUCCAAGGCCUCUGCCCUCAUUACUGGUUUGAUGGCCGCGCUGAUCGCCUCUCUCCUCAUCUUCCCCCUUCAAGCCCGGACAGAGUUCAUGACUCAGAUAGCAAAGGCUAUCGACGCUCUCAGUCUCGACUACGUCACCUUAAGCCGGCCGUUCUUGAAGACCAGCCAUGUCAAGAAGGACUACAGGAAUGUUGGUCUGGAAAUUGAGGGCAUGGUCAAGGAACGCUUGCGUAUGGCUGAUCGUCUUCUUGGCGACAUGAUGCUUGAGCUCAGCCUGCUCCCUAAGCCAACGCAGUUUUACGGUCGCGUCGAGGUCAACAUUCGCCGUAUUCUCGACCUCUUCCUCGGUUUACGGCAUCUCAGAGAGAAUAUCCCGCAUAAGAGAACCGUGCGAGAGGUGCUUGAUUCGCGCAUGCAUCUCGUGUCCAGUCAGAUCAUGGUCAUGUUUGCCCUCUCGCACUGCUUCCGCGCCCAGAUGCCUCUGCCGCAAUUCCUUCCAUCAUCACAGCACGCACUGGAGGAACUCAUCGGCAGUCUGCGAGAGCACUGGCUCAAUGCACACAAAGACCGCCUGGACGGGGAGACAGCCUCUGAUCUUGGGUCGAUGUUCUCCCUAGCCGAGUCGGAGGCGAUGGCCGAAGUUGCCGAAGCGCUUGAGGACCUGACGCACCUGACUAGUUCCAUCUUUGGUAGUCUCGACUGGUGGGACGGUAACUCGCCGACGACUGCCUUGCCUAUGGCUAAUGAAAAGAAAAAGCACUACUGGAACCAUGUGUGGCGGGACAUUACGCAUCGCAAGGCCCUCGAGCGACCUAUGUAG